UCCUCGCAAUGAAGUGAUCUUGAUUGCAAAAUUGCAGCAUCGGAACCUUGUGAGAUUGUUAGCUUGCUGCAUUGAGCAAAAUGAAAAACUACUUGUUUAUGAGUACAUGCCUAAUUCUAGCCUCGAUUUUCACCUCUUCAAUAUGGAGAAGCGUUCCCAGCUGGAAUGGAAGCUGCGAUUGAGCAUCAUUAACGGAAUUGCAAAAGGACUUUUAUAUCUCCAUGAAGACUCUAGACUAAGGGUUAUUCAUAGGGAUCUAAAAGCUAGUAAUAUACCAUUAAACCAUGAAAUGAAUCCAAAAAUUUCUGAUUUUGGAUUAGCAAGAGCUUUUGGAGGCGACCAAAGGCAAGCAAAUACUAUUAGAGUUGUGGGUACCUAUGGUUAUAUGGCUCCAGAAUAUGCUAUGGAAGGCUUGUUUUCAAUAAAAUCAGAUGUUUUCAGCUUUGGUGUUCUCCUACUAGAAAUCAUUAGUGGAAAAAAGAAUGGUGGAUUCUAUCUUUCACAGCACCGUCAAAGCCUUCUCACAUAUGCAUGGAGGCUUUGGUGUGAAGGGAAGGGCUUAGAUCUAAUGGAUGCAAUAUUAGAAAGGUCAUUUGAACCUUCUGAAGUUCUCAAGUGCAUUCACAUCGGCCUCUUAUGUGUGCAAGAAGAUGCAGCGGACAGACCAACAAUGUCAAGUGUAGUACUUAUGCUUGCAAGUGACUCAGUGAACCUUCUAAGGCCAACACAACCUGCAUUUUCUGUUGGAAGAGGUUUCACGAAGAAAGAGCCUUCAUCAAAAAAUACCAGCCGUGACUCUGUCCAUGGAGUAACUAUAUCUGAAGUUUUAGCUAGAUGAUC